ACCUAUUGAACAGUGACCGGAGUAGCUUUUAAAAGCUAAACAAAGAAAAACUUGUUAAACACUAAAAAGAAGAUUCAAGAACAUUGAUCUUUGUAUUCACAUAAAUACAUAAUUUAAAACAUAUUAAUUUAUAUAAAAAAAUCCUAUCAAAAAUGUCGUCAGAAAAUGUUAAAAUGUACAAACGCAGUGAAAUUGCCGAACACAACAGCAAGGAAAAUAAUUGGUUCGUAAUUCACAACAACGUGUAUGACGUGACCGCUUUUCUUAACGAGCAUCCCGGCGGUGAAGAGGUGCUGAUGGAACAGGCUGGCAAAGAUGCUACCGAAAAUUUCGAAGAUGUUGGCCACAGUUCAGAUGCCCGUGAAAUGAUGAAACAAUACAAAAUUGGUGAAUUGGUGCAUGAAGAACGUACAAAUAUCCCCGAAAAGUCUGAACCCACCUGGAAUAGUGAACAAGCAACCGAAGAAAACUCCAUGAAAUCCUGGUUGAUGCCACUCAUUUUGGGUUUAAUUGCCACCUUGAUCUACAAAUAUUUCUUCGGCAGCAAAUCCCAAUAAUUUUAAACUAAAUUCCAAAAAAACAAAAACAAAAAACCAAAUGCACAUUAUUUGUAUCUACACAAACAAAAGAAGGCCUUCUUUAUAUACAUAAAUUUUUUUUUGUUUUGUUAAAAUUUUCUUCUCUAUAUUGUUUUAGUUGCAAAAUUCAUUCCUCCUUUUGAUAACUAUUUUAUAUUUAAAUAGUUGUUUUAACAACCAUUUUGAAUUGCAUUUAAGAUUAUUCAAAGUUUUCUUCGUUAUUUUAAUUUGUUAAACCAAAAGAGUGCUCAUUUUUCAAAGUGUCUAAUUUUAUAAAAUUCAAUUCUUUUACAAGAAAACUCUUUGCUGCUUGUAGUUUAUUUUAUGAGAAAAAAACUUAUAUUUGUACUGUAAAAUUUCCUUUUUAUGGAUUCUAAAUUCCAUAAUUUAAAUACGUUUUUAUAUAAUACACAAAAGAAACAAACAAACAAACAAAAGUACAUUUCGUUAUAAGGAAGUGGGAAAGUUUUUUUAUAUAUAUAUUAAAUCUUUGUUCAGUUGUCUUUUUGAUAAUGCAAAUUAAAAAGCUAGAAUAAAUAUAAAUAUUAAAAUAAAUUAUAAAUAAAUACAUAUAGAUAGA